GCUGAUAAGGUCAAACUCCCAACAAGGGUUUCUACAAGUUGCGUAAUGCAUCAUGCUAAACUCUUGGUGCCCACGGAAGUUAACAAAUCACCAACAGCUCAGCAGGGAACCAAAGUCCCCAAGGUGCCAACCGCAUCAAGCGUUGGAACUGGACUCAUGUGGAGCAAUCCCAACAUGAGACACAUAUAACUUGCUCAACCUUCCCCCCUUCACCACCAUGACCCCUCUUGUCUUGUUAUCGAACAGGUCGACCUGCAUAAACAAUACACCAAUAAGAACCAACAACUAAAAAGCCACCAACAUGCCUACCGACCCAAGCUCCGUCCCAAACUUUGACGACCUCCCCGCAGUCGAUGGACACCCUCAGGGCUGCGCCUGGGGAGUCUUCGACAAGGACGGAAAGAAAGACCACUACGGUACACUAAACUUUGUCACACCUGAAAUCGUAGCUGCUGUUGCCAAAGAAGUCACAGAUGGCAUUUCCAUCUCUCUCAACUGGCCCCUAAACGGCAUCAAGUUCCCCUUGCCCGGCCGCAAAGCCCCCGUCCACAAACCCGUUUCCCUCCGCGAGGCAGGGAUGGAAAUCGAUGGCUUUGACGACGAGCUCGAAAUCAACACCCAAUUCUCCUCCCAAUGGGACUCCCUCUGCCACUGCGUCCUCCCCUCGGGCGAGACCUACAACGGGUUCAAGCCCUCUAUUGAGCUCCUUCAAACAACCACCACUGAGGGCAACGAAAUGCCCACUAUUGAUCACUGGCACUCCCCCGCCAAGGGCUGCCUCGUUGCCCGUGGCGUCUUGAUUGACUUUAAGCGCUAUAUUGAUGAGACCACUGACAAGACGUAUGACCCCCUCGAUGGUCAUAGGAUCACCGUUGAGGAGAUCGAAGCGGUGGCGAAGCAUCAAGGGGUGGAGAUCAAGCCAGGGGAUGUCCUGAUUGUUCGGACGGGGUAUACAGAGUUUUUGGAGAAUCCAACUCCGGAAGGGUUUGCCAAGAUGGCUACAAUGUCGCUUUCUGGCGUCCAUGGCACGACUGAGACGGCGAAGUGGUUCUGGAAUAAGAGGAUUGCGGCUGUUGCUUCGGAUGCGCAUGCUUUUGAGGCGCUGCCGCCGUUGAAGGAGAAUGGGGAGGUUGGUGCUGUGUCGGAUUUGGUGCUGCACAAGUGGUUUUUGAACUACUUUGGAACACCCAUUGGUGAACUUUGGGAUUUGAAGGCGCUGGGAGAAUAUGCCAAGAAGAAGGGCAAGUACAGCUUUUUGCUGACAAGUGCACCGCUGAAUCAUCCUGGACUGGUGGCUUCACCACCAAACGCCAUUGCCUUGUUCUGAGCUGCUUCCAAAUUUGUCAGGCAAUUGAUGACUUGUGUGGGAGCACAGAAUUCAAAAUAAAGAAUAAGAAGGAAAAGCCAAACCAAAGGCUGGCUCA